CACAGGCCCGAGUAAAGCGGCGUUCUGUUUAUGUAUUUAUUUCUACGAGCUUCUGGGUUUCGGAGUCCCACGUAACAAUACUGUCCAGCGGAAAUGGUGUGUGUUGUUGUUGUUGUUUUGAUUCCUCUCCGAUGAUGUGGGGAAAUUUGUGCACAUUUCAGCGUUAAAGACGGCGAUAAAUAAGAAGUUCACAAUGUCCAGCCCAAAACAACUGGAAGGGGAAGUGGAUCAUUCGUUCUUCGACAGUGACUGCGAUGCAAGUGACACCAAGCCAGAAGAACCUGUCCAAGACGAGACAAAGGACAGGAACAGCACUAAGGAGGAACACCCAGACCAACUGGAAAGCUCUGAAAUCACGAGAGGAGUCAAGGAGACUGAAAGCACUAAUGAGGAGCAUCCUGACCAACCAGAAAGCUCCAAAAUCACAAGAGAGAUCAAGGAGUCUGAAAGCACUAACGAGGAGCGUCCUAACCAACCGGAAAGCUCCAAAAUCACAAAAGAGGUCGAGGAGCCUGAAAGCUUAAAGGAAGGGAGUGAAGAGACGGAAAAUCCUGAAUGUGGCAUAGAAUUAUUAGAGAAAGAGAUGUCUGGGCUUGAGGUUCAGCGAGGGUUUAUGGAUGAUUCUGAAUGUAAGGAGGACAGCGUUCAAAAAGACGAGGCGACUUGUGAAAAAGAGGAUUCUGAUACGUUAUCCAGGAAAUCCUCACCACUCGCUCACUCGGAAAUGUCCUUAAUUCGUGGCAGCCAAGCCGAUGUCUCAUCCAGCAUCUGCUCCUCUCCCUCCUCCUCGGCAGCUGAGGAAGAUGUCGUUUUUAAAAACAAGGAGAAGAGCCAUCAUCGCAGGGAACCAGCCACAAAAUCUCCUGGCAAAUUUCGCACCCGGAGCUCAUCGUCAUCCAGUAGUAGAGAAAGAAGCACCACCUCCUCGGCCAAGCUCUCCAACACAGAGUCAACCUUGUCACCACGGCGACAACCACGACCGAGAUCAUUCAAUCGGAAGCAACGGCCCAGAACCUCAGAAAUAGCUAAUUCUGAUGAUACCGUGACAGAUGUUACCCCUUUAUCCUCUCCAGACAUUAAUCCACCUUUGUCGUUCGACCUGGCCCUGCCCACCUCCUCUGAAUCCCCCCUACCUAAAGACACUCCGGGAACCACCAGUGCACGGCAGCUUGAUCCAAAUGCGGCCGGAAGGAAAAGAUCCGGUAGGUAUCACAGCCCCACCCAUUUAGCCAUGCUCACCGACAGGCAGUCUUCCUUGUCCCCAUGGCAACAGCCACGAGAGAGAUCAGUCAGUCAGGAGCAACGAUCCAGAACCUCAGAACCGACCGAUUCUGAUACAGUUACAGGCGUUACUGCUUUAUCCACUCCCAAGCAAUCGUUAUGUAAGACCCCGCCCACUACCACUAAAUCCACUAAAUCCAAGCAGUCAGUCCGUAAGACACCGCCCACUACCACUAAGUCCACUAAAUCCAAGCAGUCAGUCCGUAAUGCCCCGCCUACUACCACUAAAUCCACUAAAUCCAAGCAGUCGUUCCAUAAGGCCCCGUCCACUACCACUAAAGUCACUAAAUCCACUAAGUCCACCCUAUCUAAAGACACUUCGGGAACCACCAAUGCACGGCAGUUUGAACCAAAUACAGCCAGAAGGAAAAGAUCUGGUAGGUAUCACAGCCCCACCCACUUAGCCUUGCUCUCCGACAGGAAGGCAUCCUCAUCCCUAUGGCUACAGCCACGACAGCGAUCAGUCAGUCAGAAGCAACGACCCAAAACCUCAGAACCGACAGAUUCUUGCGAUCCAGUCACAGUCGUUACCCCUGUAUCCACUCCCAAGCAGCCUUCUCGUAAGGCCCCACCCACCACCACUAAAUCGCCCAUAUCCACUAAAUCCAUUAAAUCUACUAAAUCCACUAAAACCACCUUACCUAAAGGCACUUUGGGAACUCCACGACAGCUGGAUGUGAAAACAGAUGAAGAGAAAAGAUCUGCUGUGCCGAGUGGCCACAGAAAGAUGGACAGGGUCCUUCAUGUCUCCACUCCUGGAAGCACAUCUGUCAGCAGCAGCAGGAAGAGCAGCGCAACCCAGCGGCAUAAGAACUACUCAUUCUCCACCGAUGAGGUGCGGCGCAUCGAGCGCGAGAACCAGCGUCUCGUGCGUGAGCUCUCCCACUCCUCCACUCGGCCUUUGUCUUGCUCCACGUACCGCUCAUACACGCCACCUUUCCGACCUUAUCACAGUGCCCUCAACAGGCAGCGCGAACAACGGCGGAUCCAUCAAGCAAACCUGGCCUUUCUAAAGCGUUUGGAGGCUGUGAAGCCGACACCAGGAAUGACCCGAAUAGAACAGCUCACAGACUACCAGCGCCAAGCCGGAUACCUUGGAAUACCUACGGCUCCCUUUAGGCCUACAUCAGGAAGAACCACGAGAACCUGCAAUUCACCUCACAGAAGCAGACCUGAAUCUACGAAACCCACCAGAACCUCUGCUCCGCGUCCUGAUCCAAUCCCCCGGCUCCGUCACACUUGAACCUGCUUCCCGCAACAUGGCGCAUGUUCUGAUGGACCACUUUAAUGUAAUGAGUAUGAGGACCUUUAUGACCUGGUGAAGAGCUAGUUCUAAUAGGGUGUACGUUAAACGCUGGGUACGGAGGAGACCUUGAUGAUGAACGUAAUCUUUGCACAUUAACACGUUGUUUAAUCUUGUGACCAUGUUGCCUUUCCUUAAAUUGUUUAGAGUUUUGAGGAGACCAUGCUUCGAAAUGAUUUCAUUAUAUUUAAAUGCUUUGUAAACUUUAAAUCAUGGCUAGAAAAUACAUUUUAUCUAAAUAGCUGGCGAUAGAUGAUUUGCAAAAUUAUUGGAGUAGAUAGAGAUUAGAUUUUUAAACUUCUCUAUUUAAAACCAGGCACUUCAUUCAUUAUCAUAAAAGUGACAAAUAUUAUCGAAUGGCCUCUCUGAACCUGUAGAUAUAUCCACGAUAUAUAUCAUACUAAAUACUUUCUUUACCAAAUUAUGACAAUUUCUAUCAAUAUUUACUGUGUUUUAUAAUCCAGGGCUUUGAAUGCACAAUUUUACGAAAACCAAACUUUGAUCCGCUUAACGAUUCGAGUCGAUCAAACACAUUAAUGAGGCUCCUAUUCUUAGAGUACACUGCACACGACAAUCAGCAUCACCUGGUUUAUAGAUUUCUAGAUCCGUGGAGGAGGGUAACCCCGAUUUUUGAUAUUUUUGCAGCCGUACACGGCGCUUGCCAAACUUAGAGCAUGAAAACGAAUUCUGAACCGCUCGUACGCUGCUCUCGGAGCUACGUGCAUACAUUCCUGUCGUACGCUUGCUUGCUUCUUUUGUGCCUGAAAUAGCAGUUUUAAUGCUUGGCUUAACUCAUGACUGUAUAAUGUGAGCGUAUCGUCUGUGGUUUGAGAUUUAAAAUCAUUAAAUAUAUAUUUUAUAUCUAUAUAUGUAUAUGUAUGUUUGUUACAUUAAUAAAAUUCCUUCAUUUGC